AUGACGUCCUCCCAACCAUCGAAGGCGGCAUCCAAGACGGUGGCAAAGUACGGCUUCUGGGAGUCGCCCAUCACCACCGACCUGCUGCUGCAGAAAGCCACGGGCCUGCAAGAGGUGCUGGUGCCUGCCAAUGCCGAGGGCGGCCAAGACGUGGCGUGGGUCGAGCUGCGCAUGAGCGAGGCGGGCCGGUAUGCACUCAUGCACACCUCGACGCUCUCGUCCGACGACGCGGUCGAGGUGAGCGCCGGCAAGUACAACGCGCGCUCUAGCGUGCAUGAAUACGGCGGCGGCGCAGCAGCCAGCCUCGCCGACGGCAGCUUCAUCUUUUCGGACUACAACCACAAGUCAUUCGACGUGCUACGAGCCGCACAAGGCGAAGAGCCCAAGGUGAUCACGCCCGAGAAUGCUGCGAUUCGGUAUGCGGACUUUGGCGCGCACCCGAGCGAUAAGGAUCUGUGCCUGGCGAUCGAGGAGGAUCAUACGGACGACACGCCAUCGACGGUGGUCAACUCGAUCGUGUUGCUGGAUAUGUCGAGCACCCCGGCUAAAGUGCAUACGCUGCUGGAGGGCAAGAAGGCUGAGGAGGAGACGGAGAGAGACGGGCCGCAGAGGCGCGACUUCUACACGUUUGCGCGCUUCUCGCCCAACGGCAAGUACGUCUGCUGGGUCAGCUGGAACCAUCCGAGCAUGCCGUGGUGGGACACGCAGCUGUGGGUCGCCAGGCUCGAUCGUGCCGACCCGGCUAAGCCCAGGCUCGUCUCGCCCACGCAGAUCAAGGUUCCGGCCGCAGCAGGUGCAGGCGCCAAGCAGCAGGUGCUCCAGAACCCGGUGUGGGGCAUCCCUGCCAACCCGGCCGACGACGCAGCCAGGCUCUUCUUCACCUGCGACGCGACGGGGUUCUUGAACCUCUACUCGACGAGCGUCAGCUCCCGAUCCGAGGCGGCUCUAGUGGUCGCUUCGCCCGAGGCGGUGCUUCCGGAGCCGGUGAAGCACGACUUCAGUGCGCCGUGCUGGACGAGCAACAACUCGGACUAUGUGGCGCUGUCGCCGGACAUGCUCGUCGUCACGUACACCGAGGGCGCCAAGGAUCGCCUUGGGUUGAUUAACCUUCGUCGCCCGCGGCUGAUUCCGCUCACGACGCCGUACGUGUCGUGUUCGCAGCUGCGCCGGCUGACGGCGACGUCGUUUGUGCUGCUCGCGACGCAGCCGGACGAGCCGACGGCACUGGUGCGCAUCGAUCUGCGCGGCCUCGCGGCGGGCGGAUACGUGGUGCAGCCGGCGAACAUUACGGUGGUGAAGCGGUCCUCGAACCUCGUCGCAGAGGGUAAGGUGGAUAGGGCGUAUCUGAGCGCGGCGCGCGAGAUCGAGUUCCCCACUACGCUGCCUGAUGGCAAGCCGGCCACUGCGCAUGCGCUUGUGUUCGAGCCCAAGAACAGGGACUAUGUGGCGCCGGAGGGGACGGUUCCGCCGUGCGUGUUUACGAUUCACGGCGGACCGUCCAGCAGCGCCGGGAUGGGCUUCAAUCUGGCGACGCAGUUCUGGACCAGCAGGGGGUUCAUGGUGUGUGCGGUCAACUAUGGCGGUAGCACGGGGUAUGGUAGAGAGUACCUCGAGCGGUUGACGGGCGAAUGGGGCGUGACGGACGUGGUCGACUGCGUGGCCGCGGCCAAGUUCCUGGGAUCCUCGGCGAGCGUGGGGGACAAGUCGUUCGCACAGCUCACAGCAAAGCAGCAGGACGAGGUGCGCAGGCUCAUCGAAGGCGAAGCGGACGAGGCGGGGGCAGUGACGGUGGAGGAAGGAGCAGGUGGGUGCAAGGUCACUCUGCGCAAUACGAGGGCUGCAUGGGGAUGGGGCGACAUUGUGCUGGGUGGUGCGUCGGUGGGGUUGGCAGUGGUGGCUGCGACGUACUUGCCCGCUUGGUUGCAGAGGUGGUCGCACUGUAUCCCGAGCGUGCUGCGUGCAGGUACCGUGGCUGGACGUAGAGUGCUCACGGCUGGAGCGGCGACGAUGGCGGUGUUGCCGUAUGUGGCGAGCAAGGCGGCGAGGGUUUGUGUCGAGACGGUAGCUGUCAUCCCGGGGCUUGGGGUGCAACUGUCCAUCCAACGUGCGCUCUCGCUCUUCGGUCGCAAGGUGUUGUGCCGAACCAGCUCGCGGCUGGUACCGCAAGACACGGUGAUGGAUGUCUACGUCGCCGAGGGGAUGCGCUACUUUAGCGUGGUCGACUACCUUGCGCUCGUCACACGCGUUGGCACCGGUGCCCGUAUCGAACCCCUGUUUUCCGGCAUUCAACCUCGACUCGGAGUUGUGCAGCGUAUCUACCGCGCGCUGCAGCGCCAUCUACCCACGCGAUCCACCGGCAAGGCGAAGCAGGGCUCGAUGGCGGAUCCUGCAUCGAUGUUGAUCAGUGGUGGUUCGGCAGGUGGCUACACCGUGCUCGCCGCCCUCUGCCUCCACCCCACUGUAUUUGCGGGAGGCGUGUCGCGGUACGGCGUAUCGUCACUAACGCUGCUCGCGCAGGAAUCGCACAAGUUCGAAUCGCAGUAUCCCUUCCAACUCAUCGGUGGCACCCCCGAACAGGUGCCCGACGUCUACCACGACAGAUCGCCCCUGUUUAUGGCACACAAGAUCAAGGCACCCAUCCUCAUCCUCCAAGGCACCGAAGAUAAGGUCGUCCCCAAAAGUCAAGCCGACCAACUUGUCGACAGACUCAAGGCGGCAGGAAGAAAACAGGGCACUGAUUGGAAGUAUGUUCUCUACGAGGGUGAGGGCCAUGGAUUCAGAGACGCCAAGAAUAUCAAAGAUGCCACCCAACAGGAACUUCACUGGUGGCAAAACAACUGUCUCUAA